AUGCCUCGACGAUCGAGAUAUGAUGACGACGAGGAGCGUCUGCCCGAAGGCAUGACGCGUGUCGGGUAUGAUGCCGACACGGGCGUCUAUACGUUCCAGGACUCUGAUGGCUCUUACUGGGAGGGUCCUCCUGGCUCGCAGUAUGGGCAGCUGACUCGAGUUGGCCAUGAGCUCGCUGGCGAAGAUGACGAUGCGGAACCAUUUCUGCCUGGCACUGGCCCAGCUAUACGCAAGGUGUCUUGGAGGCACGAACUCAUGCCACUGCUCAAUUUCGGAGUUAUUAUAGGCGUCGCUUUGCUACUUCUAUGGUGGUACCUUCAUGUAGCCGCCGGUUCUGAUGAAGGAAGCGCACUGGAGUGUCCCAGCGGCACCGGGUCAUACACCAUCCACAAAGGCGACACGUGCUGGGACAUUGCGGAGGCUCAUGGAGGCAGUGUUGACGAUAUUUUGCGGCUCAACCCCAAGCUUGACUGUGACAAGCUGUCUGUGGGGUCUCAGAUAUGCCUCGAGGAUUGA